GAUAAGAAAAGGGAUGUUAGGAAUGAGUUUGAAGUUAGUAUUAGCGUGGUUAUGUUGUGUUAUGGUGUGGCUUAGUGUGGUAUUGGGUAGUAGUGAUAGCAGUACUAACUCAGAUGAAAUGGAGUUAUCGCCAGGUGUCGAAUUAUCGACUGAGACAGCUUGUUUAUUAGGUGAAAGCAAUCCAUGCAUAGAAAGGAAUAAUUUUGAUUUAUAUGGCCUAGAUAACCCCAAUAACGAAAUCUCAGAACACCAAAUACGCAAUAUGAAGGAAAGAAUGACUGCAUGUUUGGAAUGGAUGUAUAUAUUUCAACCUUUGGUAGGAGAUCAAUUGAUAGAAUCUCGCAAUCUAGAUGGCUCCAUAGGCUGGAUUCUUGAGAUGAAUUCAAAGAAGGAUCAAAUACAAAUGGUAGAAGACAUGCAGGCAGAGGAACUAAUAGGCUAUUUGUCUGAAUUGGAAGGAAUACCAGGCGUACGUGAAGUCGCCGACAUGUAUGCCAGCCAGCUACUAAAAAUAACAACUACCAAUUUUAGUAUUCCCCCAACUUCCGGGCCAACUCUCAACCCAACUAGUACUAACCCAAAUAAGGAAACAAUAACCUACAAACAGUGUCUAGAAGUCUUAAAGCCCCUGAAAAAGAUCACUAAUUCGGAUCGGCUAUGGAUUGCCGGAAAGUCAACGGAAAAUGAGAUACUAGACCAACUUGAGCUGCUAUUGUUUCUACUACGGAUUGCGGAUAGUCUUAUAACCACAAUAUACUGGAUAGACAUGAGUAAAGUCUUAUUUGAUCCGAAAUCAAUAGAUAGCUUUAGGCCUUUACUGAAGGACAUCCCCGCGAAACUGAAAGAGCGAAAGCUUGCUUUUGAUAUCGCUACUUCAUGUAAUCAUGUGUUUUGGAACGCCUUCCUUGAUUUGCUCGGCGAAAACUACAAUAUCAAAAUGAAACAUGUGAGAGAUUAUUGGGUAGUGUCGCUUAAUGCCAACCCAACUUAA